ACUCAAAAAUGUCAACUCUAAUUGUAUUGUCAUUUCAAGUUAACUUUUUUUAUCCUCAACAGUUAUUUUGACUCAUUUUUUUCUUCAUUUUACGUCAAUCAAUUAAAUAUUACCUUUUGCAUUUUAGUUUAUGUGAUGGGAAUAUAAAAUAUUAACCAGUAAAUUGAAUGUGAUUGUUGUUUCAUUUUUUUCUGGUAAAAUUGCUUUGAAAUAUUAAAUGUAAUUUACUUUUGAAUUUUUUUCCAUCAUUCUGUGAAUUAUGUGAUUAUUUAAAGUGGAAAUUAUUGGCUUAUUGGAUUAAUUUAUGAAUUUUUUUUUUGUUGCUCAUUUCUUAUUAUUUAACCUGAAAAGUAUUUCAUUUUAUAUUAUUAAAUAAAUUCAAAAAUGCAAUCUGAAAACUGAAAGGAAAAGGCUGUGGAAAUAAGUUGCUAUGGUUAUUUGUCGAGUCUUUUCUGUGUAAUUAGAUCUCAAAUCUACCGCUGAAUCUGUUUAUUUUGGUCAAAUCUGGUUUCAACUUUUUGUUUUAAUUUAUCUUGUUCAAUUGCCUUUAUUUCAUAAUGACAUCAACUAUAACUGCCCCCAUAGACGAUAAAAAUGAUGAUAAACCAGUGGAUCGAGAAAAGACUUGUCCUCUCUUACUUCGAGUGUUCCUCAGCAAUGGUCGUCAUCAUUCACCAAUAGAGUAUAAUCGAGGAAAUGUACCUUCGAAUGAACUACAAAUCUAUACAUGGAUGGAUGCUAGUUUAAAAGAAUUGACCAAUUUGGUUAAAGAAGUCAAUCCUGAUGCAAGACGCAAAGGAACUUAUUUUGAUUUUGCUUUAGUUUUUCCUGAUCUCCGUACUCCUGGUUAUCGUAUGAGAGAUAUUGGUUCAACAUGUUCGGGUCAAAAGGGUGUAGAUGAUACAAAGACAUUAGCUCAAUCAAGAUUUCAAAUUGGUGACUAU